AUACCAAAUUUGGUAGUCGAUGGAGAAUACAUUUCUACCGGCAAGGUGCUGAUACUACCAAUGGACGCCACUGGUUAUGCGAAAAUAAGAUUGAAGAAUAGCAAACUCAGUUUGAAAUUUAAGAGCGAGGACGUGCGGAAAGAUGGCAAGCAGUUCAUAAAAGUUAAGGGCCUCAAAUGCAAAUUAACACCAGAAUUAAUGCAAGUGAAAUUCGAAAAUCUAUUUAAUGGUAACGAACAAUUGGCCAAUUCUCUAAAUCAACUCAUCAAUGACAAUUGGAAGCUGCUGUAUUCUGAUAUGGAAGCUCAAAUAAAUGAUGCCGUUGCGAAAAUUGUUAAACGGCUGUUGGCUGGUGUGUUGCGUGUAUUGCCCUAUGACGAGUUUUACCGAAAGGAUUGAACAAAUUAUUAAUUUAAAUAAUUUACGUAUUGUACGAAUCACUGACUUUUUGAAUUAAAUAGAUA